AUGCGCACAUCGAGCAUGCCCGCUAUCCUACCAUCGAGCGCUUGGAACAUUUGUGGUGUUCAUCAGCUUUCUACCUCUUCAAAAGGGGGCCUCAACGAGCGCCUUAAGAACUCCGCUGACUGUCAUUUCGGCAUCCUGACUCAAGUUGUAAAUGGAGCUUCUGUUACCCAGAACAACAGAUCACAUCACUAUAAGAGACGCAACGAUAUCUGCCGACAGAGACGCAACGAUACAUGCGACGGCAACCAAAACCAACUGCUACAAAUGGAGAGAUUUUCCUCCGUUAUUUCGAUUAAGCGUGUCGACGCCCGCGUAGGGUGGCAGAGACCUGGACACGAUGGACAACUCAAAAUCAAUGCUAUAGACCAACGUAUGGAAGUUCUAGAGGGAUAUUUUGCCUAA